UCUUAAAGCUACUUUGAAUUAUUUCAAACGAUCACGCGGCGACCUGAGGAAUAUAUCCAGUUUGUUGAGAAGCCUUGUUGAGUGUGGAUGUGUGUCAGUCGCCUGAUAUUCGUAAAACAUGGUUAAGAAGAACGGUUUGGAAGCGUCGUCGAGCAGUGGCAAGUCGGAACCCACAGAAACGACUCCACUAGUGGCCAAAGUUGAAAGUGGCGGCAAUGGAGAUGAUCCAAUUAAGGAAACGAACAGCGGAGGUCUCUCAAUACAACAGACAGCUUUCCUGAUCGCCGGAGAAAUGGCAGGCAGCGGUGUACUUGCCCUCCCACGUGUUCUCGUUAAAACUGGAUGGGUCGGCGUGCCUAUCAUAGUUUUGAUGUGCGUUAUCGCAGCAUUCAGCGGAAAACGUCUUGGUGACUGUUGGACCAUCAUCGAGGGUCGUGACCCAGAAAUGAGAACCAGGAAGAGGAACCCCUACGCCAUCAUUGCUGAACAGUCACUGGGAAAAAUGUGGAGUGUUGCUGUAUCCCUAGCGAUAAUAAUCACCCAAUUUGGCGUGGCGGUGGUGUAUUUGCUGCUGGCUGCGCAGAUUGUUGAGCAAUUAUUCUUGUCCUUGAUGCCGACUGUCACCAUUUGCAUUUGGUAUCUGGUUGUGGUCGGCGCGAUGACACCACUUAUGCUUUUCGGCAGCCCUAAAGACUUUUCGUUCAUGGGUGUCAUCGCGUUCUUCUCAACUUUCGUGGCUUGCAUUCUCUAUUUCAUUCAGAUGAUGAACGAUAUUAGACCGUUUGGCGUUUUCCGUUGGGGUAUUCAUGGCUUUAUGGAUUUCUUCCUUGCCUUCGGUACAAUAAUGUUCGCCUUCGGAGGUGCUUCCACCUUCCCAACUAUUCAAAAUGAUAUGGCUGAUAAGUCAAAGUUUAAUAAGAGCUUGCAGUACAGCUUCCUUGCGAUCCUGGCCUUAUAUAUCCCAAUAUCAGUAGCUGGGUACGCUGUGUAUGGUGAAUCUGUCGGCCCCAACUUUAUUACGUCACUAUCAGCUACCCCAUUGACUCUCGUCGGCAACGUGCUUAUGGCGGUCCAUCUUGUAUCAGCUUUCAUCAUUCUCAUCAAUCCGGUCUGCCAAGAAAUGGAGGAGCUUUACAACAUUCCUAGAGAUUCAAUUGGAUACCGUACACUGGUUCGCUUAUCUAUCAUGGCGGGUAUACUCUUCAUCGGAGAGAGCAUUCCCCGUUUCUAUACAAUCUUGGCUCUUGUCGGUGGAACCACGAUCGCCUUGCUCACGUUUGUUUUACCGUCUUACUGCUACUUGAGUCUCGUUAACCAAACUCCGAGGGAGGGACAAGCUCCUGUUGAGGUUGCUGGCUGGGUCAAGCUGGUCUGCUGGGAGGUGAUAGUAAUCGGCGUGGUUGGUGGAAUCGCAGCCACUUACAGCGCUACUAGCGCCAUCUUCAGCACAUCGCAAGCAACGCCAUGCUACUUGCGGUAGAGCGCCAUCUAGCGGAAACACUAACGAUGGGGCCUAUGGCGAUACUUUUUUUCAACUGCAGAGAGCACCACUUUUCAUUAUUUUUUAUCAAUAUGUGGAUGUCCUAAAUUAAAUACCUAAGGGCUCUUCUGUAAGAACAAACUCGAUACUCGACGCAGAAAACGCUCGUGAAAUGUCAGAAAGUGAUAUGAUAACAUUUUAUGAAUACCAAUGAUCGCAUCAUAAUAGAUUAUAAUGUUGACAACCGAUUCAUGGUGAUAAGUCGGUUGUCAACAUUUCACAAAUGAGUAAUGGAGUGAAUUCUUACAGAAUAGCAUUGCUGAUUAUCGCCGAUUCAAGAUUUAAUAAAAAUUAUAAAAUUAGUGCCUUUUUAACUAUAAGUAAGCAGUGCGUGUGUUUCGAUAUAAUUACAGUGACAUCUUCUACAGCUAAUUAUUUUUAAAUCAUAUGUACAGAUAAGAUAUAUUUUCUUUUUUAUUAGCCGAAGAAUAAUUUGCUAUAAUUAAAAAUUUACUUAUAGUUUUUUUAUUGACUUCAUUACUAUUUCGUAGGUAUAUUUUUUAUUAAGUUCUAAAAACAUUUGAUUGCAGGGAGAUAAUGUUCUGUUGAUUUACAUCUUUGAUUAUUAUUAACAAAUUAUACAAUCAAUUGUUUAUACACGUUAUAAUCAUAUUAAUUUUCAACGAUGUUGAAAA